CUUGAUGAUGAUGGAGCAAGCAUACUCUACCUAAGUAUCCCAAAAAGAUGUGACUGGUGUGUAUUUAAUUACUGAACGUGAGUGAGUUGAGAAUUGCAGCCAGCAGAGAAAACACCUUCGGAUUCGUGUGAAUGGUGGAGGUUGUGGAAAAGAUUUUUCAUAAAAUUACUCUGUGCAUGGGGCACCAGUCAUAUGUCAGGUGUUGAAUAGUUAGGACCAAUUUUUCAGUCUCUGUGCAAAAAAAAAACACCGUUGGUGUUGAACUUUUUUCUGGGGCUCUAUCUCCAUACAUUCGCGAAUUUAUAAAACGUGACUAAACUACAAUAGAACACCUUUAUCUAACAUGUUCUAAUUCUCAAGAGAAUUUUUAGGAACUCUCAAUGGGCAAGUUUUAAUAGAAAAUUAUAAUGGUGAAAAGUUAAUUAAGUGAAAGUGGAAAACCCACUUGUUUUGUUUUUUUUUCGGAAUUCUUUUUGCGUUUUCUGUGACAGUUUAUUCACUCCAAAAUUCCAAAGGCUGUUGCUAACAUCACGAGACUAAUUUUUUAUGGUAAAAUAUUCAAUGAAAGAGUUUGUGAAAUAAUUUGUGUGGUUGAGACUGAAGGCAAAAAGUAUAUUAAUCAAUUGUGACAAUGAAUCGAAAGUGUCUCUGUGAAUUAUAUUGAUAUAUCUAUCUAUAACUUUUGUGUCUGGAGGAAACGUGCAAUUUUCUACGAAAGGAUAAACUCACCUAAUAAUAAAUCUUUUGUGCUGACAUCAAGUCUUUUGACAAAAAACCACCUCAAAUGAUGGAAACGGAAAAUAUUGACGUUCUUUCGUCAUUUGAACCCCUCGUAACACGCUUCGCAACACGACGCAAAUCUGUCUUUGCUGAAACAUAUGAUCCUGAAAAUGAUCCAGAUGAUGAUGAAGGUGCCACUGCAAUUUUCCCCAAGACAGACGAACAGCGAUCGCGUCUAGUGGAAUCAGUGAAGAAUAUUCUGUUGUUCAGGUCGCUGGACAAAGAACAGAUGAACCAAGUGCUUGAUGCUAUGUUUGAGAAGAUAGUUCGAGCAGAUGAGUACAUUAUUCGACAAGGUGAUGAUGGUGACAAUUUCUACGUGAUUGAAUCGGGAAAAUACCGAGCUUUUGUCGGUGAAACUCUCAUCCAUACCUACGACAAUAGUGGUAGUUUUGGUGAAUUGGCACUUUUGUACAAUAUGCCGAGAGCGGCCACUAUUCAAGCAGCCACUGAGGGACAACUGUGGGCGAUGGAUCGACAAACAUUCCGGAGGAUUCUAUUGAAAUCGGCGUUCAGAAAGCGAAAAAUGUAUGAAUCUCUUUUGGACAAUGUACCAAUGCUAAAAGCGCUACAAAACUAUGAACGAAUGAAUCUGGCUGAUGCCCUCAUACCAAAAUCGUACGGUAAAGGAGAGAGAAUUAUUAAGCAAGGAGAUGUUGCUGAUGGAAUGUACUUCAUUGAGGAUGGAGCAGUGUCCAUUCGUAUUCAGCAGGAUGAGGGUGAAAUAGAGAUUUCUGUCCUGGGAAAGGGUCAAUAUUUUGGUGAAUUGGCACUAGUAACGCACAGACCGAGAGCAGCGUCCGCUUAUGCUGCUGAUAAUGUUAAAGUGGCAUUUCUUGACGUUGAUGCAUUUGAACGUCUCCUGGGACCUUGCAUGGAUAUAAUGAAGCGCAACAUUGAUGACUAUGAGGUACAAUUAAUAAAGAUCUUUGGCAGCAAAAAUAACAUUAGUGAUAUUCGAUAAGAGUGCUGCACUUCUUCUGGCUGCAUGAGGCAACAAAAGAUGACGACUGGAGGUGUGAAGGAAGGGGAUGGAGAGAGGGAGAGAGAGACAGAGAGAAAACAUGUAGAAAAUCACACGCUGUUUUCAAAGACAAAUUAAUUUAAAACAAAAGGAAAAAAAUCAUUAUAGUGGGUUGAUAGAGAAAAAAAUUGUGAAAAAAAUUAUAUCUCGACGUUUUCAGCAGCUAUUAGUGGAAGAAAAAAAAAUUAGUGGCAGAAGAUGCGAGAGAAAGAAAUUUUUAGUAAUUUAGUUAAUUCAUUGAAUAAGAUUAAGGAAUAAAAGUGAAGAAUAAAUUGAUAAUAAAUUUUUGAGAGAAAAUAAUUGGAAAAUUAGUGAGAAAAUGAAUCACUUAGUUAUCGUUACUGUGUUAUCACACUUGCACAUUAAAAUUUUAAUAUGAUUCACAUUAAUUGUCGCUGGUGAGAGUCCAAAUGUGUAAUUUGUGUGUUUAAAUCAUUUUAUAUUCAAAAUUUGAUCUAUUUGUUGAUAAAAAGGUAGACUUGGCUCGCAAAAUUUGAUAUAAAUUGAUUUAUAGCAUUAAUGCGAAAAAUUAAUGCGAUUUUCUCAUUAAUUUUUUAAUGUGAAAAAUAUUUAUGCUUUAGGUGAAUUUAAACUUAUUUUUGCAGGCCAAAUCCACUUCUUUAUCAAUAAAUAGAAAAAACCACAAAUAUUAAGUGACUCAAAGACACAAAUAACAUAAUUUGGACGCUCAUAAGCGACAAUUUAAUGUGAAUCACAUUAAAAUUUUAAUGUGGAAAUGUGAUAACGCCGUUAGACUUGUUUCUAAGCUUUUUUUCAAUGUGUUCAGAAACAUUUUAUUUCCUGUAUAGAAUUAUUCUAUAUAGCCGUUUUGUUGCAACUUUAAGUUUUGUUUCUAUGUUGAUUCAUCGCAUUAUGAGAUAAAUAUUUAGUGAUUGAAGGACCUGAAGUUUUUGUUCUUGAUUUUCUUUUGAAAGAUAAAAUCUCCUGCGUUUCUAAUUUUAGUAUUAAAAAAAAUCAAGAAAUAGGAAGAGAUAAAUGAAUAUUUAAAAAAAAAAUAAUAAUUAAAAAAAGGUAAAUAUUACAUUAAAAAAAACAAGAAAUUCGAUAAGUAUGUGUGGAAGGAUACAAUUAACUGUUAAGUGGUGUUACAUUUUUGCCAUCUGUGUCACCCUAACUUAUUCUUAACUGUGAAACCAUCCCUCUUCUAAAAGAAAAAAAAGACCCAACUAUUUACAAAAAAAAAACAUUCAUAGAAAAAGAAACAUCGUGAAGAAAAAUAUAUUAUAAAUAUUUCCUGCUGGAGCAACAAUCACUCUCAUUGAUUCCUUUCACGAAGGUGCUCUCAACAGAAAGAAGAAAAAAAUAACCUCUUGUGUAGCCUCUUUACAGUGUAUACAAAUAUUUUUAUUGGGUUUUUUUCUCUUUUUGAUAUAAACAAAACAAAAAAAAGAAAAAUAAGCAAAAGCACAUGAUAUAGAAAAUCACAAUCUUCAGUGGGAAUUUUUCAUACAAAAAAAAAUAUGGUUAAAUAUGGAAAAAGAGCUUAUUUAUUGUUAAGACAAUAUUGAUGAUGAAAAUUUACACAGUAUAAAAGUAUUUUACCUAAUAGAUGCAAUCUAUUUAUAUAUAUUUAAAAGAAAAUGGAAUAUUGAGAGAAAUAAUUAGAAAGGUAAAAAAAACAUCUCAUCUAAAACACUUAAAAAAAAAAGAGAUGCUAGAGAAGGGAAUAUUGUAUUUGAAAAGGAAAUAGAAUUUAUAGUUUAUUCUGUGAAUUAUUUAAUAUUCUUUCUAGCUGUUUUAUUCACUAAUUUAUUUUUCCAGGGGAGACAGGGGCAAUUUGAUACCAGGCGGUCCAUAAACGUUAAAAACACUUCUUAGCGUUCUCACAAACUAGACUUCUAAACAUGCAGUAUUUUUUUAGUUAUCAAGAAUGGGAGGAGCUUUAGUAAUGUUAUGGACAGACUUACGACUUUAGCUGAGAACUAAGCCGUUUCUCCGCUUAAGCCAACACUGAGGAAAAAAAAGAGGAUGCGAUUAACUUUUUUUCCUCGUAACUUUAACAUUUUUUAAGUGUAAAAAUAUAUCAACACUUUUUAUGUUAAUUUUACACCUUUUUAAGUGUGACCGAGCAGAUAAGUCAACGGAUACAGAGUUUUCUCUAUUGAGGUCCCUAGGUUCGAAUCUGAUCAGUUGCAGAUUUUUUUUAGUGUCAUAUUGGUUUUGAAUGCGUCUAGUGAAUGUGUUGAAAUUCUAACAAAAAUUGAGCCACAUAAAAAAUAAUUACAGGCGCCAAUACAAUAUUCACUAUCACUGAUCCACAAAUUCGAGACUACGAAGGUGCAGCGGAUACGAGAAGGCAAAUCUUAAUCUUUAUAUCAAAAUGCAGUUGAUUCUGAGCAAUUCAGAAGUGGCAGGACAAGAUUUAGAUAAUAAUAAUAAUAAAUGUGGCACAACUUCCAUAGAAGAACUUAGGCCUUCCCGCAUGGGAGAUUCGGAACAUCCAUAAUAAUUAUUAUUUUUUUUUAUAUAUAUGCGAUAUAGAUAGAUUUUGUCAGUCCUAUUCCCCGUGGAAUCAAGUGGAAUUGAAACACCUUGAAUGCAAUUCAAACACUUUUAAUGCAAGAAAAAUUCCUGGUGACCUAAAGGGGAUUCAAAUCCGGGAUAUUUGCACUUAUGUUUCCCAUGUGUUUCUAGCGUGCCGAAAAAACUUUUGAGUUUAUUAGCUGUUUUCUGUCAUUGUAGAAUGAAUUAUCAUAAAAUACAAAUACAAAAUAAAAGCCUAUUUAAUAUUGAAUACGCAACCAAAAACCCCAAAUUGGCAACCUACGAAGUUUUGGAGAUAUCUCGUGAAAUGUGUACGAAAACAGGAAAAAAAUUACACUAAAACCGGUCGCAUUUUUCAGAGCUAAUAUCACCCCCUGGCCUGAUCUCUCUGAAACAACAAUCAGACUAAUGCCUCUUUUUGGUUGUUGAGUGUAAGGAUUCAGCAUUAUAAUUUUGAGAAACUAAUAUAAAUUUUAUGGUUCAAAUUCAAAGAAAGACCUCAAACCUUGACUUAACCCUUUAAGGACGAAUGGGACACCGGUGUCCCAAAAAUAAAAAACACUUUUCGGACUAUUUAAAGGAGAAAAUAACUUUCUAUAGUCAAAAAAAAUUGUUUUUUUUUGUUUUUGGGACAAAGGUGUCCCACUCGUCCUUAAAGGCUUAACGCCUCUCAGCAGAGAAAUUCUGUAACCUCUGUAACGAUAUGACAAUGUCAUAUGAUAAAUUUUCGUGGUAUAGUCAGGAGCAGGGCAACUUUAAAGCCCAGUGAUAAUCGACAGGUCAUCAGGAAUCGAAUUUUUGAUUAGUUCUUUUGAAUUUACCAAAUAAAAAGCUUUAAAUUUGACAUAUGACAUUGUCAUACUAUUACAGAAUUCCUCUAGGUCUAGAGUUCGAAAAAAAAGUCACAAUAUUUCAGGUGUUCUAUUUCAUGCAAUGCACGUAUUCAACUAUUGCCAUAAACAGUUUGAGUGACUUUAGACCUGCUGCUUUUAAGUAAUAUGAAAUAAAAGUAAUAAAGUGUGCCAAUUUAGAGGUUCUGCUGGAAUGUUAGGUUAUGUCAUAAAAGUUAUCUAUAUAUCCAAAAAAUAUACAAUUUGAACAAUAUUUUCAAAAACAUAAAGGAAUUGAUGAAAAAUGCACUCUCCCUAAAUUAAGAAAAAUAACUUUAGGGAAUAUAUCAAUGUAGUUUAUUGUGGAAUAAAUGGAAUUUGUUGCGGAAAUUAAUAUCAUACGAUAAUAUCGAGGAAACACCAGAGAAAAAUGAAUUUAAUUCAGACUCCACGUAAAACUUUCUUCGCAUAACCUCAAAUUUUACAUUUUGAAUUCAACCAUCGUUCAAAUUUGAGGAACUCUACUGUAUUAUUCCGAAUAAUCAAAGUUAAAAUAUCAAUCAAAAUUAAAGUAUCUCAACAAACACUAAAAAAUCAAUAUACAAUUUAUUUCUCAUCUAAAAAUGGUUUAAAAAAAUAUAGUAAACAAAUUUGCUGGCUAUCAGUUUACAAGUUCUUUGCGUAACGUAAAAUAUUGCAGUGAAGAGUAUACAAUUUUUAGGUUAUGUAGGGAAAUUGAUUUUGUUUUUGUUGGGCUUAAUUCACCAAGAAAUAUGGAUCAUGGAUUUCUUUUAGGUUAUACAUAAUCAUAACCUAAAGGAUUUGUAAAAAGCUCAACGAUGAGGAAAAUUCCGAAAAUAGAAAAGAGGUUAGGAUCAAAGGAAUGUUUUUUUUUUGUUUAAGGAAUAGAAUAAAUUGAAAAAAACUUAAACAGAACAUAACUUAUAUUGUUGCAGAGUAUCUGGGAGGGACAAUAUCAAAAUAACAAUCAGAAAUUUCAAUUUCUUCGUUAUGUUCUCAUGCUUAAUCACAAAGAAUAACCAAAUUAUUUCAUAACCAUAAAUUCGUGUUAUUGCUUUAUUUUUAUUUUGAAAUUUCUUUAUCUUUCGUAUACAAUUCUUGAGAGAACAAUUAUUCUUCUUUUAACGUUUUUUUUUAAUCAAAUUAAGCAAGGUUUAUCAAAUUGCCCCACUCUCCUCUAAACAUUUUUUAUUCUUUGCUAAGUGACGCCUAAUUUAGCUGCUAGUUUUAUGUAAUCUAUCGUGCCGAAAGACGAUUUUACUUAAAACAGAAUAAAAUGAGAUAGAAAAAGGGAAUUCCAUUGAGUAGAAUGCUGGAAAUUUUGCUCAAUGUGAAGCGUUUUUUAUUAACUAAUUUAUUUACGAUUUUUCUUUUGCCAUAAUAUUAAAAAAAAAAUAUUCUAAAUAGAGUAUUUAAUACACAUUAGUCUCUAGUGUAAAUUCCACAAUGUUCUUUUCCGCCCCACGCAAGAGGAAAAUUAAAAAAGAAAAGAAAAACAAUCUGUGUUGCUCUAAAAAGAAUCUUAAAAAAAACCAGCAACUUUCUUUUCUUGGUGAAAGAAACAAUAAACAAAGAGGAGAAUUGAUGUCCAUGUUUUUCCAGAAACCCUUCCAAAAAAAAAGAAAUCCCCUCUUUUCUCAAUGUGACCAUAAUAAAAAAACGUGCAAAAGAACAGACGAAAUCUCCAAGAAAAGAUUUAUAAAUGAGAUGAAACAGUCCCUAACCUGUAGUGUUAAGAAGUGAUGCUGAAGAAGGUGAAAAAAACCUUAAAUAAUGGAAUUAAAUGUUUAUUUAUUACAUGUUGUGUACAUAAUCAAUAAGUUUCAGCUGAAAAUCAUAAGCAAACGAUCCCAAUCAUAUAAAAAAAACAUUUUAAUGAGAUGUUUUAGUAGGAAAAAAAUCAUUGGAAUAUUAAAAAAAACUAAAUUCGCCGUGCAAUAGGAGGAAAAAAUAGUUUUAUUGCUUUAGACGAGACAAGGGAGUCUCCAGGAAAAAAAAGUGAAGCGAAAAAUUGUGAAAAAAAGGCGCGAAAGUCUUGUACAAAAUUGGUCUAGUCUAGAAAAAUUAUUGAAUUAAUUUUUUGCCAUAAAAAAAAUGAAGAAAAAAAAUGAAUAGUAAAGAAAAAUAAAGAAAAGAAGCUACAUAAUAAAAAAUGAAUUAUUGAUAAGUAAGAAAAAAAAUAAUAUUCACUGUCCUUAUGCAAUUCAUGGUAAUCGACAUGAGAAAAAAAACAUCACCUUACUAUUCAGCUACAUAUCUUAUAUACAAAAAACAAGAAAAAAAUAUGUACUAAAAAAUUUAUCGGCACCAAAAGAAGAAACAAACAUGAGUUAUUAAAAGAAAAAAAAUUAGUGAAAUCACAUACGUUAUGAGAGAAAAAAACAAACAAAAAAGUAAUUUAGAGAGUGAAAAAAGAAGAAAUUAAAUAAAUUCUUAAUAAAAUUAACAGUUAGG